AUGGCGCGGGGCGGCCACUUCGCGGCUCUCUCCCUGCCACCGCGUCUCGCCGCGACGCCACCGUGCUCCGGGCGACCGGCCCGAGCUAGCUGCGCCAGGCCGUUGCCGGGAGGCGCGCGGCGGCGGGGCCGCGGACGCCUCAUGGUUGUGCGGGCCGGCGGGCCGCCCAGCACCAACCAGCUCAUCCUCGCGUUCGUGCUCCCGCUCUCCCUCUUCGUCGGCACGCUCGUCACUGCCGCCCGCGUCGCCGACGACCUCGACGACCGAUUCCUAAGGGAGAUGGAAAUAAACCGAGCGAUACUGGAAGAGAACGAGGCGUCCGACGAGGACGGCGCCGGCGAGGAAGACGACGACGGCGACAUUAUUGUGUACGACGAAGGGGAGGAGGAGGAGCUGCCGCCGGUACCGGUGGAGGAGAAGGAGCCCGCUGUUGCUGGUCCACGCACCAGGAACAGGCCGAGAAGACGAGUGUAA